CUUAUAGAGCCUCCCCUUCCCAUCCUCGAAGAAAAGCCUCGACGCUACUUACAGCUACGUGAGAGGAAUAUAAAACCAACCUUCAAUUACAUCAAAACAAAGAGCGAACCCAUUUAGUACUGUAAAUAAACACCUGCCGGAAAUGUUAUCGCUGAACAGAACUAUAUCAAUCAUUAAAAAACACACAGAAUUAAAUACUGCAGUUCAACUUGGCACUGUUGAUUGAAAAUGAAAGCAAUUGAUGGAUGUCUCCCGUGGCUGCUUCUUCUCAUCUGGAACAAAGUUUUGAUAGCUACCCUCUCGUCAACGAAAGAGACUGAGCCCUCAGAGUCGUUUCCGACAUAUUCUACUGAAUGUACCACUUUAUCUACACAAACAUUUGCACCAGCCUCCGGAUCCUGUUAUAUAUCCUUUGAUGGGGAGAAAGAAGGCAAUUUCGAAGAUCAAAUUACCAUGUCAUCAUUUGACGAACCAUCUACGAUUAAUACACCUGCUACAGCGCCGACCACACCUAUAACCACACCCAAAACCUCACCAAUGGGUUCAGCCACCACUUGUGUUGAAUAUAAGCAGUGGAAAAUCACUGUUCCGACAGGAAACUAUAUAGAGAUGACUAUCAAGAAAAUGAAUCUUCGACCAUGGGCGUGUUUGUUCGAGACAUAUAUCAUUGUCAGAGAUGGGCAUUCCUUGUCCAGCAAUGUCCUCAGGAUUCUUUGUGAAGCAAGCUCUUCACCUCACCGCCUAGCGUCUAGUGGCAAUAAAAUGAGUGUGGAGAGAUAUGGAAAAUUGGGAUCUAGUGAAAGUACGGGGUUUGAGGCCAGCUUUAAGGCAAAACCUUUAAAAACUGGAGAUCCUCCUAGCUUUCGGGUGUCUGAGGAAACUGUGGCUUUGCUAGAGUGUUAUUCUCAAAGCUUGCUCUGCCAAGCGGGCGGUACACCUGCUCCCAGAAUCACAUGGUCUAAAAAUGGAAGAGUUUUACAAAAUAGCACAAGUGUAAUUUAUACACCAAGAUGGCAUUCGAAAUCAGGAAAUUACACCUGCAGAGCAAGUAAUUUUAACGGCUCGGAUACGAAAACUAUUCUAGUUCACACCGAGAAAUGCUCUCGUUUUUGCAGCUGUCACAAACUGAAAUCACAUCCAUUCUGGUUUCGAGUUAACUGUUCCGGAACAGUCCCGAGGGACAUUCCUCUCGCCACAAAAUAUUUGUUUUUUACUCGUACCUAUUUGAGGCAUAUUUAUCCAAAGUCGUUUGAAAACUUAACUUACCUGCAGUACUUAUCGAUUACGCGUAAUCUUUUUCCAUUGAAUUUGACGAGAAAUGCGUUCGGAGGACUUAAGCAACUCAAGUACUUGGACCUAAGAAUGAAUUGGAUCAGUGGGAUAGUGGAGGGCACGUUUGAGAAAUUCUUCUCCCUAGAGGAACUCUAUCUUUCCAUAAAUGUGUUAGUCAAUCUUCCACCGAAUAUGUUUCAAGACCUGUCAAAGCUGCGAGUUCUAGAUAUCUCCUACAACAAAAUCUCCAGGCUGUCUAAACCAAUCUUCCACAAGUUGCAAAGCCUAGAAACGCUUGUUCUGUCUCACAACGUAAUGGUCGAAAUACCUGCCAAGAUCUUCAGCAAAUUGAAUCGUUUGAAAACUCUGUAUCUGGAAAACAACAAGAUUGAAAAAAUCUCAUCGCGUGCCUUUUCUGGGCUUAAUAACCUUAAAACCUUAGAUAUCUCCUACAACAAAAUCUCCAACCUGUCUCGACCCAUCUUCAACAAGUUGCCAAGCUUAGAAAUGCUUGUUCUUUCUCACAACGAAAUGGUCGAGAUACCUUCCAAGGUCUUCAGCAAAUUGAAUCGUUUGAAAACUCUGUAUCUGGAAAACAACAAGAUUAAAACAAUCCAAAUGGGUGCCUUUUCUGGGCUUAAUAACCUUAAAACCUUACAUCUACAAAACAAUUUUAUCUAUCGUAUGCCUCCAAAAACGUUCAGCUAUCUUAAAAGUCUACGAAACUUGAGAGUGGACAGUUUCUCCCUGUGUUGUUACGCUUCUCAGUACUCUGAGAAUGUAAGCUGUGAGUAUCCAAAGCUGGAGGGUAACGCCUUGUCGAGUUGCAAUCGCAUGAUCGAUGCCUCUGGUCCUAGAAGAAGUAUCUGGUUACUGGGUAUCCUAGCUGUUGCUGGUAAUCUGGCAGUGAUAGCAUGGCGUGUCAUCAGGCGUGACGACCAUCCAGUUCAAACCUGCCUUCUGACCAAUCUGGCUGUGGCUGAUUUCCUUAUGGGGGUGUAUCUCAUGAUAAUAGCUAUUAAAAACGAGAUAUGGGCAGGUACUUACUUCAGCUUCGAUCUGAUAUGGCGGUCAGGAGUCCUCUGUAAAGUGGCCGGCGCCCUAUCGGUACUCUCAAGUGAGGUCUCGGUACUCAUGCUCACGGUGAUAACCGCUGACCGUCUGCUGAGCAUCGUUUUUGCCUUCAGAUGCUCACGUCUGACAUUAAGAGGAACUUACAUUAUUUGUGCCGUGGUGUGGCUCUGCGGAACUGCAAUUGCUGUUGUACCAGCUUUUGAUACUCCGUACUUUUUCAAUGAGGAAAGAAGAUAUGGGUUCUAUGGUCGUUCCUCGGUAUGUCUACCUCUUCAUUUGUCUUCAGAAAGACUGGCAGGCUGGGAAUAUUCUGUUGGCCUUUUUAUUGGUUUGAAUCUCGCAGCUUUCCUCUUCAUCAUGUUGGCGUACAUAUCUAUUAUCGUGAAAGUGUCCAAGUCACAGAGAAGAGUCAAGGCUCACGGUGAAGCUGAAGUGAGCUUGAACAGCAUCAAAAGAGAGUCCACGUUGGCAAGGAGGGUUUUUGCUAUCAUCUUAACAGACUUUAGCUGCUGGAUUCCUGUAAUAAUUCUGAGUAUUCUUGCUCUAACGGGCAAAUUUCACGAUGAACAAGGUGUGGCGUAUGUAUGGUUUGCAGUAUUUGUCCUGCCGGUAAAUUCCUCUGUGAAUCCUGUACUCUACACUUUCUCGACUCCAAAGGUAAGGACAGUCCUUGUAGGCUGGUUUUACUGUCUUGUGACUCGCUGCAAAUGGUUCAGCUGCAAGAAAAGAUCUGAUGGAAUUGCUAUAUCUGGUAGAUGGAGACGGAACACAACUCGACACCGCGUGUUACAACAGUAUCUCUUUGGACGUCACAUCCAGCUAUCCUCCCAGCAACAACUGACCCCCUUUGGCGACAGUUAAUACAGAAACGUGGAGAUAUUUAUGUGGGCUGAUGUUGAACGAUGAAGCCUUGUACAUCCCUUUUUUAAGAAGCAUACUUAAUCGAAAAUGGCAGUGUUCCAUUUUCCUGCUGUCUUAAACCAUAUGAAACUUCUUUGUUAGUUAGCUGAGUGCUCAGCACUCAUAAGUAAUUUUUUUAUUUGUUGGACUUUUUCAGAAAUUUUUCUGAAACUUUCAUAGGGUAAGUAAUUUUGAAAGUGGCUACGAGAAAACCGGGCAGUGGUAAUGAUUCAAAAACCCUGAUUUGGCUCAAAUGUGGCAAAAAUGUUUGGUAUAUUGAGUUAGGAACUGGGUAAUUUUUAAACGCCGAAAUAAAUCUAAUUUCCUGGGAGAUAUGGGGUCCCCUAGAAUACCUCCACUUUCUGCAUUUUUUGAAUAACCAUUUAACUAAAUUUGCUUUGCUCUUGUAACAAACAAGGAAGCCAUCUAAAUACACCAGGUUACGUUCUAUAUCUUCCAGACUUCAAGCGCAGUUAACUGAUGAAAAUUGUCAAUUGUAUUUCUUUCCCUAGCUACUUCCCCUUAAUAUAACGCCCAUUAUUUCCGCUGAGCAUCAACUUCUGGUCAUCAUUUCUACAUGAGUAGUGGAAACCAUUUCUUAACUUCCAAAAACAGAAAAAAAAACUUUUAGGCAACUAGCCUCAUUAUUGGUGCAUUAUCACACUCUGGCAGGUUCCGCCUGGUUUUUUCAUGGACACUCUCUAAACAAAUUAUAGUAGUAUUCAUAAAUCACUGAAUUACUACUAAGCAAGACAGAUUAAUGUGUAUUAAUCUCAGUAUCGUUCAUUUUAGAAGAUCACCGUAACAUAUGUUUGUGGUUUAUUACUUGAUCCAGACGGCAUAAGACAACCUAGCAUCAGAUAGAGCCUAAUUCUUAGUAUUUCUUUCGCAAAAUGCCAAAAUAUGAACUAUUUUCUUUUAUCAGUUCAAUAUUGACCUCCUCAAAGGCAAGUGUGCUUGUAAAAGUAGUUUUGCGGCGUAGUAUAAAUAUUAUACACGAAAAACAAAAUUAUUUAUCACCGGGGGGGAGGGGGUUGGAGAAUUUUGUAUGUGUCACGAUAAAAUUUACUUUUUACCCUCUUUGGCAGUUGCUGGGCUGUCAAUUUCUAUAGUGGUCAGAGGUACUGAAAUAUCAAUUUAAUGCAUUUCCAAACCCCCAGUUCAGGCGACGCGAUCAACAAUAAAAAUGACGAAAAGUGAAUGUAAUUUGAAAACAAAGUGAUUACCAGUCCGAAAAUUCUUGAGAUCCAGAACUAUUCGUGGCAAGCGGCUGAAAAAGCGGCUGUUUGGUAGAUCAAGUGAAACAAAUAUGCAAAAAAAAUAACGUGUACAAACAUAUAUUCACUCUUAACGAGCGAAACUGCAAAUUACUUACACAGAAUUAAAAUCGAAUGCAA